ACACAUAUUACUUUACAGAUAAGACAACAGGCAACGAUGUCGGUCUCAACGACAAUAUUUGUGUGAGAAAUUAGUACAAGAUAGAAGAGCAUAAUUUUGUUUGAUGUGGAUUGUGCCGUUGGUCGUACGUGCCUACACGCAUUUUUUUCUUUAUAAACGCCUACAAAACAUUGGCAUUAAUUUGCAUUUGAAUGCUAUGCGAUGAACAUCUUACGCCAUCUCAGCAGCCUUUUGUGUAUUCUAACCCUCCGUUCCUUUGAACUAACAGGAUUUCUGCUCACUCAUUCUGACGGACCCACGUGCUACAUAUGUCGGGACAUUGUCGCCCCAAACCAGUGCAACGUCACACGAUCAUGCGCGACAGAUCAGAUUUGUUCCAUCGCUGCUACAAUAGACGAUACGGGAGCUCGACUGUUCCAUGCAGGGUGCAUCGAAACAUAUACCUGUCAGGGACCGACUCUGGUGGGUCGAAAGCGGGACACUCUGCAAUGUAGCCAAUGUUGUAAUAGAAACCUGUGUAACAAUUUUGACUGUCUUCAUCCUACUCUUACACCUACAACACAAACCAUUGCAGACUGCAAUGACAAAUCUGACGUAUGUGCCACCAAUGACGCCCAUAAAGUGAUCUGUCCUAACCAGGCUCUAGCCAAUGAAUUUUGUCCUCACACAUGCGGGUUGUGUAGAGUUGACGGAAUCUGGUCUUCUUGGAGUCGCUGGUCAUCAUGCACGGCGUCGUGCGGGCCGGGACACACAAUGAGAGUCCGAUCAUGUGACCAGCCUAAACCAUCUAAUGGGGGCUCGAUGUGCGGUGGGGCUGCAAUAGAGUCGCAAGGAUGCCAAGCGGAUAUACAAUGUCCAGUGGACGGUCAUUGGUCGGACUGGUCCCCAUGGCGCCAGUGUAGCGCCACCUGUGGCGGUGGUAAACAAAUUCGGUCAAGAAGUUGCUCCGAUCCAGUGCCCCAGUUUGGAGGAAAACCUUGCGACGACGCCCAACAUUUUAUCGAAAUGCGCGUCUGCAACACGCUUAGUUGCCCCGUUGAUGGUCAUUGGGCCGUUUGGUCGCCAUGGUUACCGUGUAGCGUGACCUGUGGUAGGGGCAACCAGAUCAGGACAAGAAACUGCUCCAACCCAACGCCCCAGUUUGGAGGAAAACCGUGUGACGACGCCUUGCACUUCUCGGAGUCACGCGACUGCAACACGCAUUCAUGCACAAUGGAUGGUCAUUGGUCCCUCUGGUCGCACUGGCAAACUUGUAGCGUUACGUGCGGACUCGGUUCGAGGAUUCGUAUCCGAACAUGUUCGAACCCGACACCACUAAAUGGCGGUCAUCCUUGCGAUAACCCACUAACGUACAGAGAAACGGAACCAUGUACAAUGGAGAACUGUUCACUAUCAACAUCACCGGCUACUUACACGGUUAUGACGCCAUCAAGUUCGUGCCACGACAAGCCAUUUUGUGCAGACGAAUAUCUACCUCCGAAUAUUUGUGCAGACAACAGAAUCGCCUUCGGUGACUGUCCAGUAAAAUGCGGAAAAUGUGGCAUGACAACGCCACGUCCGGUUUGUGAGGACAACCCGGCCGGAAAUUGCAAUGACACGCUAUACCUCCAGUACGCAUGCGCACAAACUGACCUUUCGGUACUCUGUUCCAAAUCUUGUCAUUUGUGUAAAUAAAACGAAACCAAGCAUUA